CAAGCGUGAUUAACAAUGAGGCUAAUAAUAGCGUUCGGGCUUCUUGCCCUCGCGGCAGUCGCCACCGCCCGGGAUAUUCGAGAGAAAAGGGAUGCCGACCUGGCGCCUGCUGCCUCGCACCACGGCCACCAUUGGGACAAAGGUGGCGGCCAUGAACACCACGGACAUCACCACGAUGAACACGGUGGUCAUGACCACAAAGGACACAAGGGUCACCAUGAACAUCACCAUGGAAAACAUGGACAUCACCAUCAUGAAGGACACAAGGGACACCAUGGCGAACACGGUGGACACAAGAAGCAUCAUCACCACGAUGAGGGCUACCAUCACCAUCAUCACCACGGUGAAAAGGGUGAACAUGGGCAUGGUCAUGAAGAACACGGUCACUGGCAUAAAGGCCAUGACACGAAGGGUCACCAUGGUGUUGAGAAACAUGACGAAUUCAAGAAAGACAAGCACUUCCACGACCAUCAUGGUGAAAAGGGACACCAUGAACACCACGGUGGACAUCACCACGAGGGCGGCUAUAAAAAGGGAGGCCACUUCCACAAGGGACACAAACAUGGUGGACAUCAUGAACAUCAUCAUGGCAAGAAAGGCCAUCAUGAGGAAGGAGGUCACCAUCAUCACCACAAAGGCCACCAUGGAGAGGGCGGCCACCAUGAGCAUUGGCACCAUCAUCAUGAUCAUGGCAAGAAGGGAGGUCACGAAGAUCACAAGCAUUGGGGACACAAGAAGGGCCACUAAGCCGUGGGAAUACCCACACUUGUUGUUAAUUAUUGUUGAAUUGUUACA